CUUUAUGACAGAAAAACUCAUUUUUCAGAUUUCAUACCACCCGCAAUGGCUUCUUCCCUCCGAUUAGGUCAAUGCGUUCGCGGUCAAAACGGACUCUACACCAUUGGCAGGCAACUACAGGAGACGGUUUGGCUUGCAAGAACCGAAAACGACCAACAAGUUAUUGUCAAAAGUGUCCCUCACUUUCGUCUUCACAAUGAGCGUGAUGUUUUGAACCGCUUUCAGUCUCGCACCCCAUUCAUACGUCCCUUCAUUGACGAGAUAGUCGAGCCAGCUGAUCCACCGGCGAUAGUCUUAAAGCAUCUAGAUGAUCACCUUCUGAAUGCUUCCGUCUCUAAACGACUUACAAAUCAAGAGAUUAAAUACGUUGCAAGAAGGAUUUUAGAGGCGCUAAAGGUUCUACAUGAUAAUAAUUUUGUACAUACUGACAUCAAGCCGGACAACAUUCUUGUAAACUAUGGUCAUGGGGAUGUACGGUUUACAGAUGUUCAACUUGCAGACUUUGGGAGUACUGUUCCUGCGGAUUCAGCGUAUGCCAAGGAUGGUGACUUGAUCGGAGCACCUAUCUGGAGGAGUCCUGAAGCGCACCUCCGAAUUGGCUGGGGCACGCAAACAGAUAUAUGGUCUUUUGGCGCCCUGCUUAUAACCUUGCUCUAUGGAGACAAUUUCUUCCUUUUCAAGCCAGAUGUUCCUGCGGACCAUGAUGAUUACGAAUUAAAGAUUCUCCAGAGACAGUGUGAGUUCUUUGGACCAUUCCCUUUGACAUACCGCGAAAUCUGCACGCCGGACACGUUGAAUAUCCUGGCAUAUAUCAUGAAAAGCAUUCCUCCCGAAAAGAAAAAACCGUUCUCGAGGAUUUCUGAACAGGAGAUAUCUAGGGAGGAUAAGGAAUUUAUUCUAAGAAUAAUGAAGCUUGAUCCAAGGGACAGACCAUCGGCAAGGGAGCUUCUCCAGGACAAGUGGUUCGCUUGCAUAAAUACAUAAUUCAAAGUAUUUCAAUGCAAAGGAGCGACCGUCUGACGUUUUCCAUAUCGGAAAUUUGAGGAGCUUCUCACUUGGCCAGGUGAAGGUGAUAUUCGUGAGCUGCAAAGGGCGGACUCCAUCGUCUGUAGGGUGUGAAUAGUUGACUUCGACGAGACGACUUCUGAAAGGUUCUUGAUAAUCUGAGUAAAGUAGGAGGAAGAGAAAGCAGAGGUGCAGAUGGGCCUCAUAGUCGUACGACCUAGGAUACCGAAACCUGAAGCUGUAACUAGUCAUGGUGAGACAAGUCGGUAGAAGAGCACCAAUAGUGACUCGCUAUCAGAACAUGCCACUAUACUUCAAGCAUGGCCUAGCGAUAAACCGAGUUUGACUUCCGUGAUCGAGGAUCUCGCUAUAGCAUCGACAUGACAAAUAGUAAUCGAGG